ACCGUUUCAGAAACUAUUGCCCGCUAUUCGCACACGAACGUGCGCACUGACAUAGUUUGUGCAGCCGCAGUCUCGGGUCGCUCCGCAUCGGCGGCGCGGGGAGGAGCGGCGCGGACACCGCGGCUGCGUCCGGUGCACAAGGCGCGCAGCCACCACUCCGCACACGCACCAAGUUUGUAUCCGCGCAAUGAAUCCUGACAACGGCACCAGAGAGGAGAGAAGUACGGACCAUUCCAUCUUCGCCGUCGGCACCUACAAACUUCUCGCCUUCGCCAUCGGGACCAUCGGGGUGUUCGGCUUUUGCAACAACGUUGUUGUCAUCGUCCUCUACUGCAAAUUCAAGAGGCUGCGGACGCCCACCAAUUUGCUGGUGGUCAACAUAAGUUUGAGUGAUCUGCUGGUUUCCGUCAUCGGGAUAAACUUCACGUUUGUUUCGUGCAUCAGAGGCGGUUGGACUUGGAGCAGAGCGACGUGCAUCUGGGACGGCUUCAGCAACAGCCUGUUUGGCAUCGUCUCCAUCAUGACUCUGGCGUCCCUGGCCUACGAGCGCUACAUCCGGGUGGUCCACGCCCAGGUGGUGGACUUCCCCUGGGCGUGGCGGGCCAUCGGCCACAUCUGGCUGUACUCCCUGGUGUGGACGGGCGCUCCUUUGCUGGGGUGGAACCGCUACACGCUGGAGAUCCACCGGCUGGGCUGCUCUCUGGACUGGGCCUCCAAGGACCCCAACGACGCCUCCUUCAUCCUCCUCUUCCUCCUGGCCUGCUUCUUUGUGCCAGUGGGCAUCAUGAUCUACUGCUAUGGGAACAUCCUCUACGCCGUGCAAAUGCUGCGCUCCAUCCAGGACCUCCAGACGGUUCAGAUCAUCAAGAUCUUGCGAUACGAGAAGAAGGUGGCCGUUAUGUUCCUACUGAUGAUCUCCUGCUUCUUGUUGUGCUGGACGCCCUACGCCGUGGUGUCCAUGAUGGAGGCCUUCGGCAGGAAGAACAUGGUCUCUCCCACGGUGGCCAUCAUCCCCUCGUUCUUUGCCAAGUCCAGCACGGCCUACAACCCCCUCAUCUGCGUGUUCAUGAGCAGAAAGUUCCGCCGCUGUUUGAUGCAGCUGCUCUGCUCGCGGGUAACGUGUUUGCAGUGCAACCUCAAAGAGCGCCCCCUGGCUCCGGUUCAGCGCCCCAUUCGACCGAUCGUGGUGUCCGCGGCGUGCGGCGGCGGCAGGGUCCGGCCCAAGAAGAGGGUGACUUUCAGCUCCUCCUCCAUUGUCUUCAUCAUCACCAGGAAUGACAUCCGCCACACGGACGUGACAUCAAACACUCGAGAGUCCUCGGAGGCUAACGUCUUUCAAGUGAGGCCGUUGUGAUCCAAAAGCAACAGGACUCCUCAAGCCCACCACUUAGUAUGCCUUAGGACCGAACAUGCCAAACCGAACCAAAAAUCACCCGGUCUUAACCUCCGGACACAGUUACAUACUACAACAGGUUGUAAAUACCCAACUGGCUCCCUGAAUGAGAGUGUUCUGCCUCAGCCGGCGACAUUGUCCUCCACCAUCAGCUGUGGCGAUAGAAGCACAUGAAGAUGUAGUCGACUAGUUAAAUGUUUAUUUUAGAUAAAGAAUCACACCUGUAUGUCAAACAUAGCACAACUGCAGAAAUGCGUGGAGAUUUUUAGAGGCCGGCGCUGUUGGGAACUCGAUUGCAUCGACGUGUGAUGACGGACGUCCUUUUUUCAGUUGGUACCCAACUUCAGUGAAACAUUGAAAACAAGCUUUUGCUCUUCAGCCACAAACCAUAAUACAUUGUUGUGAAUGGAUUCAAUAAAGAAAUCCUAUUUUAAGCUAC